AUGGAUAACGAAGAAGCUGGUCCAUCUCGCCCAACUAAGACUGCAUCCAAACGUAAAGCUGGAAAACCAACGCUUCAGGAUAUCGCUUUUCGCUUCAUAAAUCGGAAUGGUUCUACCGGCCAGUGUGCGAUUGAUGCUUCAACUGCUAACAAAAAUGGAUUGCUGAAGGAUGAAAUGAUACCGGAACAAAAGCCAAGAAUCAUAACGAAGCGAUUGGUAGCUAUGGAUGCUCAACUACUUGUUGAUUCUAUCAUCAAAAUGGUUACCUGCAAUCGUCUUCCACUGGAAUGCGUUGAAUGGGAGGGAUUUAGACAGAUUCUGGACCCUCUUUCUGUCGCUGUUGGAGUGACCAUUAAUAAGAGCACCAUUAAGUCUCAUCUGCAUGGAAUUACCGGUCUGGUCCGAAAAGCGAUAGCCCUUGAAAUGCGAUGUAAACUAAUAUCGUUAAAAGUCGAUACUGCUUCGCGAUUCAACCGUCACAUUUUGGGGAUAAACGUCCAAUAUGCCAAAGGCGGUGCAGUUGUAAUCCGAACUCUAGGUAUGAUUGAGCUCAGGGAAAGGCAGACUGCAGCGGUUUUGAAGACCAAAAUCUUGGAAGUGCUAUCUACAUAUGGAGUCACAAUCGAGCAGAUCUACUCCGUCACGGUUGAUAACGGAGCCAAUAUGUUGGCCGCCGUGCGAAAGCUUAAAACGGACCUGGAUUGCAUGCUACUGCAGCAAAUAGAAGAGCUUCGAAAAAUGGAAGUGGCAACAAGUGAUGCAGACGAGGACACUUAUGUGGAUUUUGCUGGUGAUCUUGAGCUAACGAAGGACAUAUCGGAACAGUUCCAAGAACAAUUGAAUUUAAUAAGAUGUGCCGUACAUACACUUCAAUUGGCAAUCAAUGACGUGCUCAAUAAAUCCGAUGAAACGGUGAAACAAAUCACUACUGUGGCCAAAAAAUGCAAAGGAGUUAAGUACACACAAUUUUUCGAUAAUUACAAUGCGUCGCUUCCUCCAGUUUGGUGUCCAACGAGAUGGGGUGGCAUUUUUGAAAUGAUGGAUAGCUUUCAUAGUCAGAAGCAGUUUUUUGAAAAACUCGGGCAAGAAUUUCCAGAACUGGAGCUGUCUUCGAGUUUCUGGACUUUCAUUGCGAACUAUGUAAGCGCAUUCAGACCACCAUACAUCUGUACCAUCAAGAUGCAGGAGAAACAUGUGUCUCUACCUGACUUUUAUUUGGCUUGGUUGAUGACAUUGAGUGAAAUUCGGAAGCUUCAGGCAAACCCUUUUUCAGCACGGCUGGUGGAGUCAUUGACGGGGCGGCUGGAGAACUUGAAAGCAUCGCGAGCUUUUCAAGCAGCACUUUAUUUGGACCCACGUUUGAAUUUUUUGAACUCAAAAUUGUUCAAUGACGACGAAAAGCUAACCAUACAGAACUACAUCGUGGAAACAUGGGAAAGGAUCAGUAAGUUGAGUCCCCCAGCAGAAGCUGAAGCCGAUCAAAGUGGUACCAGUGAAGGCUGUAAUUUCGACGACUUCAUUACCGAUCUUUUUGGUGGUACCCUAGAUGAAUCAUCUAGUUCUAACAGUUCAAAAUUCGUUCAGCAACUUAGGGCUCAAGACGCAGAACCCCGUCAGAGUUUCAGUCACGACGUUUGGGAUUACUGGCUGAAAAGAGAGAAAAGUCACCCAGAACUAUUCGAAGUAGCGAUGGUGGCGCUUGCGGCUCCAUCAAACCAAGUGUCGGUGGAACGUGGUUUUUCUGCGCUUGCGUUGGUGCUGUCUCCACAGAGGACAAACUUAGGUCCGGAAACAUUGGAGAACAUACUAUUGAUAAAGCUGAACCAAGACGUAUUCAAACGAGAGAUAUCCAAUUAUGAUUGGAAAGGCAUAUAG